AUAUCUAGACCAUUAUUCAUAGAACAAUGCAAUAUCUUGUGGCUUUUCAUAAGUGAUGUAGGCAUACUGCCACAAGCCCUGUGUUUGCAUUUUAAUAUUAAUGAUAUUGUCAUAUUUGAAGAAGAAGGAUUUAAGGAUAUCCUCAUAUUUA